GUCGCCGCGCAGGGCGGGCGGUUUGAAGCGCUGCGGCGGCGGUUGCUGCCGGUAACGGUCGCGGCCGGAGGACGGGAGCGGCCGGGCCCGGACAGAAUCCACCCAAUUUGGUGAAAAUCAUGGAUACAGUGGGAGCAGAGAGGUACAAAUGGACCACUCGGGACGCCGAGGAGCCGGCGGCUGCAGCGCUGGACCCCCAGCACGGAAGCAGCGAGCAGCGGGCACAUCCCCACCAUGAUCCCUAUGCUGAGGCCUCCCUCACCUUGGGAACACAGCCAGGCUUUCCUCAGUAUUCCAAGGAGCAGGGGGGAGCCAGGAGGCUGGUUAUGAAAAGGAAGGUGCUGAGGCACAGACCCGACGGGGGAGUGGAGGUGUCCGACGAGUCGGUGCCCAGCGAUCCCGAGAGCGAUCCCGAGGCUUGGAGCCCGAGGCAGGAAUUGCUGGAGCCGGACGACAGCAUCUCUGAGGGGGAGAUCGAGACCAGCAGCAGCUCUCAUGAUGAAUCCCUGUGCCAGUGGCUCCCUGCGGACAGCCCCCCCUUUCUCCUCAGGGAUUUCGGGAGCAGGAGCUCUCCCGUUUCUCAGUCCACAUUGGGCCAGCCCAAAUCCUUCAUCCCGCCCCGGCUCGAGCUGCUGGGACGGAACAGGGGCAAGACCGACCGAGUGGCCAAAUACUUUGAGUAUAAACGAGAAUGGGAGAAAUUCCGAAUCCCGGGAGAGGAUCAGCGGCAGGAAUUGCGCUGGAGCAUCCGGGAGCAGAUGCUCUGCAGGGCCGAGCUUCCCGGGAAGCCACCGCAGCACCUCUACAUCCCCAACACCUACACGGUGCCCACCGAGAAGAAGAGAGCUGCCCUGCGCUGGGAAGUGCGCUGGGAUCUGGCCAACGGCCUCAUUCCUAGGAAAACCACCUCCACCUAGGCCCGGAUACCUGGGAACCACGCACCGAGUACACUUUUCCCCCUCAAAUUCCUUGAUAAUUUGGAAAACCUCCCUUUUUUUUUAAUGCAUUUCCAAAGGGUUGAAUCCUGGUAUGAAAACUUCACGUGGUGCAGCAGGAAAAGCUUCCUCCCAAGUUCAGGCUCGGGGCAUUCGGACUUGGGAUGUAGGGAUCUUUGGGAUCCCGGAUUCUCACGUGGGGUUUUAUUGAUGUCAAUAUCUCUAAUAAAUGAUGUGGAAGGAUUCCUUUUA